AUGUCUCGAAUUCUCGGAUUCGUUCUGAUUCUUCUUCUAGCUGUAGACGUUGCACUUGGAGUUGGAGACAGUAGACACAAGGGGACUGAAGUAAUCCGCCAAAAACGUCAAUACCUCGGCUACGGAUAUGGAAUGGGAUAUCCCUACUCGUAUGGCUACGGCUACAAUCCCUACAUGAUGUACCGCCCGUAUCCAAUGUAUGGGAUGGGAAUGGGAAUGCCCUACUAUCGACCAUAUGGAUUUUGGGGAAAGUGA